GUUACUCAACAAAGAUCUUUAGUUCAAUCUCACUUUACACCUUUAUCGCCAAGUAGGACUUGCUGUACUGACCCAUCAGCAUAACAGGGAAGAUCUUUCUUAAUCAAAUCAUAAAGAAUUACAGUUACAUCAGUGAGUGGGUGCUGUCGUUGUAAUUUGUAUUUCGGUAAUUUUGAAGUUUAUAGAAAAUUUUUCUAGUUUUGGCAUGUUUGUAAAUUUCGCGUGAUUACCGCCAUCUUUUGGUUAACAAAUCACCAUUUCUCAGAUUCCCUCUGAUUUUGCCGUGUAUGGACUUCUACACCAGUUUGUAUUGAUUCUUUGUAUUUGUUGUAUUCGACUCAAUAAACCAGAGUAUAGUUUACCCUUUUUCCAGAUUCCCAGGCAUCGAAAUUUGCUAAGGGUUGAUGAUUUCAAGUGUUAGGGUUUGUUAAAGAUUAGAGAAUAGAUUGUGGGCAGUAGGAAGUGGUUUGCUUUACUAUGCAGAAACUUGAGUCAGCUUCUUCAAUCACCAAGGCGAGAAACAAUUUGGAUGUUCCCAUGUACGGUACGAGUCAGGUGGGUCAAUUAUCUCAAAACAUGAGUCUUGAGAACAACAGGAGACCAGGUAUGCCUCCUUCACAUCCAAAUAAUCCUCUUUCAUUGCCUUAUUCACAGUCACAGAUCAUGGCGUCUCGUUCAAAUGCCAACUUGGGAGCAUCCCAUUAUAGGUCUUUGUCUCAAUCAUCUGGUUUUGAUUGCUUGCGACCCUUGAAUCCAUCCAAUCCAUUGACAUAUCGUGAAUCAUCAGCGUCUGAUACAGUAUCUAAUAAUGUGUGCAUGGAGGAAAGAGUUGGUAAUUCUCAUGGAUUAUUGAUUCAUUCUCCUGUUAAUAGAGUUGAUGCUGUUGAGAAUUUUCCUCCUCGUAAAGGGCAUAGGCGAUCUAGUAGUGAUUUCCCUCUAGGAUUUUCUGCAAUGAUCCAGUCAUCACCGCAAUUGAUACCAAUAGGGAGUAGGGGAAUAACUGAGGUAGAACAGCCAAUUCAAUUGGUGAAACGAGAAUCUGAAUGGAAUGCCAGCAAUGGAAGUAAUCAUGCAGAAGGGAUAAGUGAGAAGAAACCAGAGUUGGUGGAUGAUUUGUUCAGUGAAUACAUGAAUUUGGAAAAUAUUGAUACGUUGAACUCAUCUGGUACUGAGGACAAGGAUUUGGAUGGCAGAGCUAGUGGUACAAAGACAAAUGGAGGUGAAAGUAGUGAUAACGAAGUGGAAAGUCAUGCGAAUGAAAAUUUGAUUAGCUUGCAGGGAACUAGUUCAAGUGAGAAGAGGGAAGGAAUCAAGAGGCGUGCUACUGGAGAUAUUGCUCCUACUGUUAGGCACCAUAGGAGUCUUUCAAUGGAUAGUUAUACGGGGAAUUUUCAUUUUGAUGAUGAGUCAACAAAGCUUCCUUUCGGAACUCAACUUUUUCCUGGCAGUUCCACCAAUGGAAAUAUGGCUAAGAUUAGGUCGAAUGGUGAAUUUAGCGAAGUUGAGCUGAAAAAGAUUUUGACAAAUGAUAAGCUUGCAGAGAUUGCAUUGUCAGAUCCCAAACGUGCCAAAAGGAUUUUGGCUAAUCGUCAAUCAGCUGCUCGCUCCAAGGAGAGGAAGAUGCAGUACAUUGCUGAAUUGGAACAGAAGGUGCAAACUCUGCAGACAGAGGCAACCACAUUGUCUACCCAAGUUACAAUGUUACAAAAAGAUUCAGCUGGGCUUACAAGUCAGAAUAAUGAAUUGAAAUUCCGUCUUCAGGCCAUGGAGCAGCAGGCUCAACUCAAAGAUGCUUUAAACGAGUCAUUAGCUGCAGAAGUACAAAGAUUAAAGCUUGCAGCUGCAGAGGUGAGUGGAGAGACCCAUCUUUCAAGCCUUAUGGCUCAGCAGCUUUCUAUCAGUCAGAUGUUCCAAGGGCAGCCAAACCAAGUCAAUGUAUAUGAGUUACAGCAGCAGCCUCUGCUUAACCAAUUGCAAUCUGAGCGGCAGAAUGGUGAGGCUGCUAUCCGUGAUCCAAAGUAAUAGGCUUGUCAAGUCAGCCAUCUGUUCAUUCCAAUUGCAUAGUUUCUGAACUCUUAGCACAUACUAUAUUUGCUCCAGUAUACCUUAAUAUAUACUUUAUCUAUUUAGAACUUCACCAUUGUUCAAUAUUUUCCAGUUGGUUUUUUGCAUCUGAGACAAUGGAGAACUGAAGCUGAACCCUUGGCUGGUUCCAGUUUAGAUAAAGAUUUCAUUGUCUUUAGUCAUAGUUAUGUUGAAAUAAGUUAUUGGUUGUCUUUGAAAUAUAUACUUGAUUUCCCAUUAUUUGAAGAAAUGAAUGAAAAUUAUAUUCCUUUCA